AUGGGAGACCCGAGCUUUGGGGUCAAUCGAGACCUGCUUCCCCAUGUACACCUCAUUUCGACGUACCGAUACACGCAGAAGGCCCAUGUCGAGAUCCCCGAGGUCACCAACUGGUUGAUGCAAGCACCCCAGAUCGCUCGAGACAAGGCGCCGUUCUUCUGGACAUAUCUCGAUAGACCUGAAAAUGGCACCAUAACUCUGACAUGGCAGCCGUUUCAGCAGAUGGGAACAAACUUUGCCAGCGAUGGCUACAUCUGGCCACCCGCUGAGCAGUACUUUACCCAAGAAGUUGGCAACGGCGUUAUCCUGGAAAUGUACUUGCACAAAGCUGGCUUCGCAUAUGGCGAGCAAGUGGCCACCCACUCGCGCCGCCGUUUCCGUCUUUGCCCCCCAAACGUCCACAACCCAAACACCCCUCAAGUUGAUCCAAGCCUCUGGAUUGUUCACUAUGGACCGAUUGACAACAACGAGCGCAUCCCUGUGCAAGUGCUUCCGCGAGACCCUCGCACCCAGAAUAUCCUGGAGACUCGGGCAUACCUGCAGCGAUGUGGACAGAUCCAGCGCAAGGAGUUCAUUCUCAGCGACCGCGUCAACUGGCCGCAGAUCGCCUGGCCUAGGGAGCCGUCCCGACAGGCCAUGUACGCUGGCAACCGGGGAGUCCCUCAGACCAUGGCAUACCCUACACAUCCCCCGACAGCGGGUGCGCCUCCCUCUAAGCGUGCGAGGACCGCCCAAGCUGCACACAGUCAAGUUCAGCCUGUAAUGGGUGCCGUCCCGCAGCUCGAUGCUUAUGACGACGAGGAGGACACUUCGCGCGGCGAUAUGUUUGAUCACUUGACCCCACGAGAGAUCAGUCUUCACCGCUACCGUCAAAAUCAUGAAUGGAUGGAGGAGAUUCUGUCAUCACCCUAUCGAAUGAAUCAAAUUGGGUUUACCAGUCUUGCGCUGGGCCUGAGAGGCGCGUUGUCAGGACUCACGGACGGGAUAUUUGACGCCGAAGGCCAUGAGCAAGGCGCCGAGAAAAAAGAAGACCGCCCACCCCCGAAGGCUGCGACUUCCUUGGACAUAGAGCAAGCGGCCGAGUUCCGCUCGCGAAUCAACGAGCACAUCGACUCGACCAAUGCCGAGAUAGAGAGAAUGAAGGCGGAGCAUGAGAAGAAGUUGUCGAAGUUUAGGAAGAACUCGCUGCUUACAACCGCCGAGAAGGACCUACGGACUGCCAUAGAUCAUGUGACUCCGGAGGCGCUGCGCCUCGAGGGCCGAGUCGAGGAAAACGAGGAUGGAACAGCGCGCUGGGCAGCCAAACACUCCAAGAAGGUCGAUGAUAUCGUGUCACUAGUCGAGGCGCAAUUUGGCCAUCGGGCUGAGGUUAUCUACGAACUGAAGCGAAUCCAAGAUGGAGGCUACCAGGAGCCUGCUCCUGAGCCGGCCCCUGAAGCGACUCAACCCGCCCCGAGCGGGAGCGGCACCAUGUCGCGGCAAGCAUCACACACUGGAUCUCACAAUAGCGGGAUGGUUGGAGAUUCAGAUAUGGAUAUGGGUGGAACUGCCGCAGGACUACUUGACCAAAUGCACACCGGCUUGUCGUCGAAUUCCACACCCGCCAACAAUUUGCCGACCCCACAAGGGCAGUUGUCUGCCAUGCCGUCGUACGCAGCAACGCCUAACGUGUCAUCACCGCACCCACCGGCUCAAGUGGCUCCGCAGCAGCCAAAAACUGGCGGGGCUGAGGAUGUCAACAUGUCCGGCACGGAUGCAGAGCCAUCCGGAACCCCCCCCGAUCAGGGAACCGGCAGCGGAGAUUGGGUGGUUGUCCCGAAAGGUGGCGUGACUCCCGAACUAGCCGCAACUGGAAACGCCUCAGCUUCCACCAGCGAACCGCCGAAACUCCCAACGUUUACGGCAGACUCCUCCGACAGCAAGCAAGCCUCUGCGACAGGCACACCAGCAGGCGGCGGCGACAACGCGUCCAUGGGAUUCGACGCGAACGACUUCGGCUCGUUAGGGGACUUGGACACCGCAGGCGAUGCUCUGGCCGAUUUCAGUAAUACACCCGGUGAUCUAGGUGGGGAUUUUAUGGACGACUCGGCGUUUGGUGACGCGUUCCAUGGCGUCGAGGCAAAUGCCAAUGCCGGAACCCCGGCGGAUGGAAACUUGUAG